AUGAAAAAAAAAAAAAAAAGAAUCAAGAAAACAAAUACACUUUACGUAAAGGAUGGAAAAAACAAACUGAAAAAUAAUAAGAAAAAGAAUAAGAUAAAGGAAAAGAAAAAAAAAAAAAAAAAAGAUAAAAAAGAAAAAAUUGUAUAUAAGAAUAAUAUGUUGAAUAACAUUAGAGGAGAAAUUAAUAUAGAUGAUAAAGAAAAGAUAAGAUAUAAUAAUAAUGAUGAUGAACAAGUAGAAGAAAAAAAAAAAGAAAAAUAUAAUAUAUAUAAUUACAAUAAUUUACAUAAUAUGAAUAUUGAAAAGGAUGGAGCCAAAUAUUAUGUGAACACAAAUUUAGUAAAAGAGAGUAAUUAUGAACAUGUUCAUAAUUAUGUAAAAGUAAAAAGUGAUCUAAAUAAAAUAAAUCAUGUGGAUAAUAUAAAUGAAAAAAAUAGAGUAAAUACCAUAAGUGCAGAAAAUGUUAUAAAUAGUGUACAUAUGAUACCAAAAGGUAUUUAUGACAAAAUAAAUAAUUCGAAGGACUUACAACAACACUUUAGAGAAGAUAAUGAAUUGAUAAUAAAUAAAGGGAAUUGGAAAAAUACAUUUUUUAAAAAUGGAAAAUUCAAAAAUUGUAUAACAUAUAAGAAUAAUAGUAGAUAUUAUAACAACAUUAAAGGGAAUCAUAUUAAUAAUAUUAAUAAUUAUAGUAAUAAUAGUAAUAAUUAUAGUAAUAAUAGUAAUAAUUAUAGUAAUAAUAGUAAUAAUUAUAGUAAUAAUAAUUAUUAUAAUAAUAGUUGUAAGAAAGUGAAACGUCUAUGGAAUACAGAUAUAUUUAAAACUAAUAAAAAAAGAAAUAUUAAAUAUACAUCCUUAUUUAAUAAUAAUUACAAUACAACAAAUAUAUAUGAAAAAUGUAGCAACAAAAGUUUUAAGAAAGAUAUUAUAUCUUAUAUAGAAGAAAUGAAAAAUAUAUAUAUACCGACCAAUCAAGAAUUUGUAAAGGUAGCUGAUGAUAUUAAAAAUAAAUAUUAUAAUGAUACUAUAUAUGAUAGGAAUAAUAUAUAUGAUGAUAGGAAUAAUAUAUAUGAUGAUAGGAAUAAUAUAUAUGAUGAUAGGAAUAAUAUAUAUGAUCAUAGUAAUAAUAAUAUAUAUUGUAAUAAUAAUAAUAAUAAUACAUGUGAGAAAUUAAAAAGAACAAAACAAAAUGAAAGAAAUAUUAUAGAUAUAAUUCAAAAUCAAUAUAUAAAUAAUGCUUUCUUAGAAUUAUAUUAUAAUAUAGGAAAAGACAUUAUAUAUUUAGUACAUGUUAUGAAACCAACACUUUAUGAAAUAUAUAUGAGAAGAAGUGUAUUAUAUAAUUUGCAUUUAUUUUUAAGAGAAAUAUAUACCGAUUAUUGUAUGAUUAUAUUUGGUUCAUGUAAUAAUGACAUAGAUAUAUAUAAUUCAGAUGUUGAUAUAUGUAUAUAUAAUACAAUACAAUCGGAUUUAAUUAAUAUUAGAAAAUUAUAUAAAAAUAUGUUACAUCAUCCACUUUUUGAAAAUGUUAGUAUUAAAAAAAUUGUACAUGCAAAAGUACCUAUUAUUAAAUGCUUUUUUAAUUAUACAAAAUUAUCCGUUGACAUUUCUUUUAAUCAACUAAGUGCCCUCACUAGUACAAUACAAACGCAAACGUAUAUACAAAAAAAUCCAUUAAUAAAAUAUGUACUUAUAUUCUUAAAAAUGUUUUUGUAUCAACAUGAUUUAAAUGAUGCUUCCAAAGGGGGAAUCAGUUCCUUUAACAUCUUGUUAUUGCUGGCGCAAUUUUUGAAUUCUCAAAGUUUUAUAUUUUAUGACAAACAUAGGGAGAUGAAUGAGGAAAAUAGUAAUAUGAAUAAUAAUGAUGAUGAUAAUGAUGAUGAUAAUGAUGAUAAUAAUGAUGAUAAUAAUAAUAAUAAUAAUAAUAAUUAUAAUAGUAAUAUCCAUCCAAAUAAUAGCAAUUAUAGAAAUAAUGGUAGUGAUCUCCUUCGAGGUGAACAUAUAAAGAACGAACUUCUUUUCAUAGGAGAAGUGGUCUUUAAAUUUAUUUAUUAUUAUGGUCUUUUUAAAGAUAAAAAUAAAUUGUUUUAUUUUUUACAAAAUCAUUAUCAUACAACUAAUUUGUUAAACCAUAUUUCCUUUUUUAGUACAAACAAAUCUUCAAAACAUUUUUUUUAUGCACAUAUGAACGAUUCAGCUAACAUAUUUCAUGACAUUUUUUGUAAAAUACAAAUUAUUAAUCCAGUUGAAAAAGAAAAUGUAUCUAGGAUUUCUUUUGAUAAAAUUAUAAAAAUUAGAUUGUGUUUUAAACAAGCAGCUUUUUCUAUGAUCACACUCAUUUUAAAUUAUAUAAAUAAAUAUAUUUUUAAGAAAUCUGAUAUUUUAAAACAUCAUACACAUUCGUAUUAUGAAAUAUUUAAUAAUUCUAUCCAUUUCAUUUCCUUAUUAAACUCUUUAGGAGAUACCUUUCUUAGUAAGAACCUAAAUAAUUAUUAUGACUUUGUUUAUAAUAAUGUAAACACACUUUUACAAAUAUUAAAUGAUAAUCAACAAGAUAUGGAAAAAAUAAAAACCCAUUUCGAACUCAAUAAAGAGAAAUACAUCCGUGAUCAUAAAAGUCAGAAUCAAGAAGAUAAACAUAUGAGUGAUAUUAUAUCAUGUCAAAAAUCCCAACAAAUUUAUACACAACAAAAUGUAUAUAAUAAAUCAUUUAUAGAAACACAUAUAGGAGAGCAUGCUCAUAUAAGUAAUGUUACAUCAGCAUAUAACCAUUUAGAUAACGAACAAAUAAAUACCAAAGAACCUCAUUUUAAAAAUGAAGAAAAAAAAGAAACGCAAAUGAAAUCCUUACAAUACUCAGACAAUUUUAUAAAAUUUAAGGAAAUUAAUAGUGAUAAUACUACAUAUGAAAAAAAUAAAAUCAUUUAUACUAAUGAUAAUAUGGAAGUAAGUACGGACAGUGCCUUAUCCAUAUGGAAUAAUAUAAUAAACAUACAAGAAAAUAAUAAUAAUGAUAAUAAUAAUGAUAAUAAUAAUGAUAAUAAUAAUGAUAAUAAUAAUGAUAAUGAUAAUAAUAAUAAUGAUAAUGAUAAUAAUAAUAAUAAUAAUGAUAAUAAUAAUAAUAAUAAUAAUAAUAAUGACCAAGAAAAAGACAACAUAUCGGACAUAAAAAAUAUUAAAUUAGGCAAUAAGAAACUUAUUAAACAAUUGCAUACAUAUAUUAAAAAACGUGAUUUACAAAAAUUCAAAAAUAAAAUUAAAAAAAUAUUUAAAUCUUUUGAUGAUAAUAAUAAUAAUAAUAAUUUAAAAAAUAAACCUAGCGAAUUCGUUAAAAAUAUUUGUCAACAUUUAACGACACUGAAUCAUUUUAUGGAUGUUCAUGACAUUUUAUCCAAACGGUUUUAUUAUUAUUAUAUAUAUAAUGAUACGUUUAAAGAAUUGAAAAAUGAUGUUUUAUUAACAAAAGAUAACAAACUAAUUCAGAAACAAAAAAAAGAAAUGUUAAAAAAGUUAAUCAAAAUGAAAAAUUAUUACGCAUAUAAUUUUUUGAAUCUAGACAUACACACUAAUGUUUUUGUACAACCAGAGGUACAGCAGUAA